CAAUCAUCGGGCUUAUCUCUUCCUUUUCAUCCUGAUCACGAGGAGCUGAGGUCGAUGGCAACGGCGAAGCCCUCCAGCCCUGCAGCACUCCCUGCCAGGUUAUGCGGAUGCCCACCUUAUGUACGAAGUAUACACUAAUAAUGAUACCAUAAUGAAUACGUGGCUCGACCUACCGAUCCCUUCGCAGCCAGAGUCCGCCUGCGAACGCUAUUCAUUCCUCUUGGCGGCUUGGCCGGCCCCAAAUCCAUGCUGCUCAUCCCUCUGCCAAGCCUACUGUGGGAAGAACCCCGGUGAUAGACAGUACCUCUGUAUGUAGUCAGCCUGCUCAGGUGAUGGGUGUGGUCUUUCGCAGAUCGCUCUGCUGGCAACCGUCCAGUCCACAUAUCUAGGGGAGCGAUAGAGAGGGAGUCUUGGCAGCUGGCAGAAGGACAUACCUAUCGCUGCAGUUGUCCCUAUGAGACUGCUGUAUCCAAGGCCACAAUGGUAGGCAGCACACGUACCUUACAUACUCCGUACCUACUCUAUAGUCAAUACGAAGCAUGGCUAGGCAAUCAUACUACCCCGUAUAUGAUGAUCGAAUCUGAUGUACGUCAUACUAGCAGCAACAGGGAAAGAUGGCCUUGACGGUACCAUCUAAGAUCAUCUGAAAAUCACUGAUGGCGUACGUAU